AUGACGGGGCCACGGAGAGCAGCUGAGGCUUGGCACUGUGAGGCGAAGGUGCAGCUUCAGGUGCAGCAGAAACCCCAGGAUGGAGAAAAUCAUGGAGAGAAGCCAAGGCUUGGCACCAUGAGACCAGUGUCCCUGACUCCGCACUCAGAACAACACUCCCGGCUUCUUGGGUCUCAGCAGCAUCUCGAGGGGCCAGCCAAGAUGAGCCAGAGCGGCACCUCGGGCUCCGGGAGCUUGCAGUGCCCCCGCGACGCCGCCUCACUGCCUGAGGAAACUGCCAAUCAACCCAUGGAAUUUCCAGUCACCCGGGAACAGCUGAAUCACUACCGGACUAUGGCUGAAAACAUUCAAAGUGAACUUGCAGCAACUUUGGUCAAAUUUGAAUGUGCUCAGUCUGAGCUUCGAGAGCUCCGCUCCAAGAUGCUUUCCAAAGAAGUUUGCUGUCAAGAGCUGAAGGCUGAAAUGGAGAACUACAAAGAAAACAGUGCCAGAAAAUCAUCUCUCCUCGUCUCCCUGAGAGGCAGGGUGCAGGAGCUCCAAGAGGAAUCGGCAGCUCUCUCCACUUCCAGACUCAGAACCGAGAUGUCUGCACACACCACGAUGAAGGAGAAUCAGGAACUCAUGAAGAAAGUCCUAGAACUGGAUGAAAAAUUACAAAAGUGUUUAAAGGAAAAUGAGGAGUCUAAGAAACAAAGCUCAGAGACUCUCCAGAGACAUGAGGAAUUUCGGACUGAACUUUGUGACUGCUUGAGUCUAGACAGGAAGCAUGAUGAAGUCUCCGAUGAAGAUUUAAUCUUAAAGCUUAGAGAGCUGAGCAAGGAGAACGCAUUCCUGAAAGGACAAAUCACGACUCUUGAAGAGACUAUAAAUGUCCAUGAGAUGGAGGCAAAAGCUAACAGAGAGACGAUCAUGAGGCUGGCGGCAGAAGUCAGCAGGGAGCAGAAAAGAGCUGCCUCCUGGGCCGCGGAGAAAGACAAGCUGAAUCAGGACUUGCUCAGCGCCUUGGAUGCCAAAACAGCCCUAGAGAGGGAAGCUAAGCUCUUCCAAGAAAGGCUGCUUGCUGCGCAGCGAGCCUGGGAGGCGUCAAAGCAAGAGCUGAACCAGCUGAGGAAAAACUGCCAGCAGCUGGACCUGAGCUUGAAGGUCAGCAGGGAUGCAGCCGCAGGCUCGCAAAGCCAGAUCUCCUCCUUCAGGGAGAAACUCGCAAAGGUCCUUGGCAGCGGAUUGGAUAUGGCUGGGUCCGCAGAGGACGCCAUAUUGGAGAGGAUUCGAGAGCUGCGCAUCCAGGAAGAGAGCAAGAAAAGGAUGGUCUCCCAGCUUGAAGCCCAGAUAUCAGAGCUUGUCGCACAGUUGGGAAACGAAGCUGAGCUUCACCGGAAAACCCUCCAGAGGGCCCAGGAGGCAGAAAGCAAGGUGGAGGCACUUCAGGGUCAGCUGAGUCACCUGGAGGGAGAGCUGCUUUCUGGAGACGUCUUGAGAGACAACUUGAAUCUUGAGAAACAAAAAUAUCUGAAGUUUCUGGAUCAGCUUUCAGAGAAAAUGAAAUUGGGCCAGAUAGUGGCUGACCUUGGCUUUGACAUGCGUCUGGACGUAGUUUUAGGUCGCGCCGAGCAGCUAGUCCUCCUCGAAAGUAAUGCUGUCAUUGAAAACAAGACCAUCGCUCACAACUUACGGAGAAAGCUAAAGACUCAGAAAGAAAGACUGGAGAGCAAAGAAGUUCAUAUGAACCUCCUUCGGCAGAAAAUUGCCCAGCUGCAGCAGGAGAAGCAGGCGCGCACAGCCUUGGCUGAGGAGAGGGAUGAGGCCCAGCUCUCCCUCAGGAAGCUGGAGAAGAAGGUGGAGAGGCUGCAGAGGGAGCUGAGCACGUGUCAGGAAUGCAACACCGAGCUCAAAGCCAAAUUGGCCGACACCAAUGAACUCAAGAUUAAAGUUUUGGAACAGACCAAAGCCAUCGAAGACUUAACUAAAUCCCGAGACGAUCUGGAGAAGCUGAAGGAAAAAGCAGAGAAAAAUCUCAUGUCGGUCAAGUCCAAGCUGGAUGCUACAGAGGAGGAGGCGAAAGAGCACAGAGAAAGGGCCAGGGCCAUGAUAGAGGUGGCCGUCAUUGAACUGGAGACCCUGAAGAAGUCUCUGGAAGACACUGAGAGGAGAGAACAGCAGCUGGUGGACUUCAGGGAGGAGGUUUCCCAGAUGCUGGGCUUAAACUUGACCUCUCUCACACUCCCCGACUAUGAGAUCAUCAAAUGUCUGGAAAGACUGGUCCAUUCACACCGCCAUCACUUUGUUACCUGUGCCUGCCUCACAGACCCAACGGCCGAGCAUGACUGCUGCUCGCAGUGCCACUUAGCCCUUCGACACUGAUCCCCUGCCUCAGAGACGGGGCGCACGUCUCAAGUUGUGGAAUGAAAAGCUUCCUUAUAUUUUUGAAAUUUGGCUAGCGUGUGACAAUUAUAUACUUUGAUGACAUAGUGAGAAUAGAUCAUGGGCUGAUAAUGGUCUCCAAAGGUGCUGUCCCCAGGGCCAGGGAGAUGGCUCAGCAGGUGAAGGCAGUUGCUACUAAGCCUGAAAACCUGAGUUCAAUUCCUGGAACCCACACAGUAGAAGGAGGCAGUUGACUCCUGCAAAUUGUGCUCUGCCCCAUACACAUGCUCUGUUAUACAAGUGCACACACAUGUGCACACAUGCACACACAUACAUGCACACACAUACACACACAUGCACACAUACACACACAUACACAC